AUGGAUUCAGAAGAUUCUAGAGAUGCUGGUGAUACACAAUCAACCUCAAGCAGUAGUAGUUCAAGUUCCAAGAGUCGAAGCAGGAGAAGUUCAUCAUCAGGGAGUUCUAAAAGAGAUACCAAAUCACCUCCACAUUCACCAACUCCAUCUAAAAAUUGCGAGCCUCGUUCUCCAUCUCCCAACAGCAGGUCUCCAUCUCCUGAAAGGUCACUUAGUAAUAAACCACAAACACCAGAUAACCUGAGUGGAGCACAUUCAGACAUAAAUUCUCCCGAAAACUCAGCCCCGGCUUCUCCAGCUGGACCAAAAUCUCCCGAUGCUCCAAAAUCACCAAGUGAUGUAGGCUCAAAUAUAGAUUCUCCAGAACGCCCAGAACAAUAUUCAUCAGGGCCUAAAACACCUCAAAGCAGUAGUUCUGCAAAAUCAGUCACAAGGUCCCAACCAGUUUCACCUGAUUCUGCCUCUCAAGCAACAUCUAGAAAUAAUGAAUCACAGCCUCGUUCUUCGUCACCUUCACCAGAUAGGACUUCAUUAUCACCUCAAAGACCAGUAGUUAGCAAUAAUGAAUGGGAAAAUAAAGAUAAAUGGAGAAGACACACAAAGGCAGAACAGAAAAUGGUUUCAGUGCCAAGGGAGAGAAGCCAAUCAGAAUCUAGCCAGUCAAGUAGAAGUUCUACUUACAAUAAAAGAACAAAUGCUAAGGAUACCGAGGAAAUUUCAGAUGGGGAAAUGGAAUCCGACCAGGAGGAUAGAAAAUCUGAAGCUAGUAAUAAACUAGAAAGCAAGGAAAAAAGUAUAAGCCAUGAAGAUUUAUCUGAUGUGUCAGACUUAGAUUCAGCUGAUGAAAAGACAUCAAAGCCAAAAUCGAAGAAGCCGGAAAUAGCAAAUGGAGAACCCUCACCAAGGUAUGAAAAGGACAAGGAAACACAUAAAAUGGAUAAGGUGCCGCAAGAGAAAAUUAGUAACACAGAAGAUGCGGAAGAACAAUUGGACUUUGAAGCGGAAGAGGGUGAAUGUGUUGAGCCUAAAUCCAAGGAUCAAUCCAAUGGUGAUAUGGAUGACCAAGCUGCUGAAAAAGAAGAGGAAUUGAAGCCAGGUAAGCGUUCUCGUGGUUCCUCAUUGGAGGAGGGUGAAGUCUCGGAUGAAGCUGAACGGAGACCUGAAGAAAGUGAGCCUAAGCCUGUCUGCAGAUUCUUCUCGAGGGGAGCCUGUACUUGGGGCGUUAGUUGCAGAUUCCUCCACCCUGGUGUGACGGACAAGGGUAAUUAUAAUAUGUUCGAGGUGGUUCGAGGAGUUCCGGCUGGUGGGUUCCCCUCUACGCCCCGGGAUGUUGCCCCACCAGAGUCUGCCUGGGAAAGAGGUCUACGCACUGCUAAAGAGAUGCUUCGUAUAGCAAACAAGCGUAAAGAGCAAGACAUGGAUUUCGAAGAGAAAAAGCUCCAUCUAUCAGUUGGAGGCGUAGUUCACGACCCGGACGCUGACUUAGCGUACGCGGCCGCGGCCGUCGGCGCCUCACCGCCCCCGAUCCACGAGGCGCCACCGCCACGCGACACGGAGGCAUAUCGAGGAGGUUAUGGUGUCCCUCCAUUUCGUGGUCGGUUACCUCGUGGACCAGUUGACGAACGUGAGCGAUACUAUGAGAGAGAGCGUGGCUUCGAGCGUGAACGGACUUUUGAGCGGCCGCCCUAUUUUGAGGAGUACGGGGUGCCACCUGAUGAUCCUUCUCACCAUAAGCGUCGCGUUCGUGCAUCGCGCGAAGUGAUAGUCCAACGGGCAGAGGUCGAACGGCGCGAGGGCAGGGAGGGGAGGGAGAGACGCGAGAGGGAUGGGCGUGGCGACGAGUGGGCCGAUCCUUGGAUGAGGGCCGAGCCCGCUGCCAAAAAGCGGAGGGCGCCAUCUAGUGAUAGCUAUUCGUCAUCCAGCUCUUCUAAUUCCAGCUCGCGAAGUUCUGGAACGCCUGGCACGCGUCGCAAGAGAAGGGCUUCGUCGUCUUCCCGACAAAGACUUUCGCCAUCGGUAAUAGUACGUGAGCGUCGUUUGGCAAAUGCGCGUGCGACGGCUAUGAAUCCCCCCGCCCCGCGUCGUCGUGCUCCUUCCCCUGCCGCUGCAAGGCAACUCGCAGCUAACCCACCAGCCCCAGCCUCACACAGACACAAGGAUGAACCAGAUCCCUAUAAUCGGGGCAAAGCGGCCAGUCGCAAUCGGAAUAGAAAAAAAUAUUCCCGUUCUUCAUCUUCUGGUUCUGAAUCGUCCACAUCUUCGAGCGAUUCUGAAAGUGAGUCUCAUUCGUCGUCAUCUUCGGGCAGUUCUGGCGCGCGACGAGCGAGACACGCGAGGUUGAUUAACGCCGCUGCUAGGCCAAGGCUGAACGCAAAGUCAACGGGCUUAGCCGCAGCUGUCACAGUCACAAAUAAAAAGGAGGCAUCUAGUGAAAAAGAAACGGGUAGAAAACGCGCAGCAACGUCGCCAGUCGGCGGUGGAGCUGCAAAGAAGUCGGUGUCGAGAAGAGAGGAACUUCUCAAGCAGCUCAAAGCGGUUGAAGACGCCAUCGCAAGGAAACGAUCCAAAAUAUAG